AUGCAAGAUGCAAACAAUGAUUUUUUUGCUGUAUGUUGUUACACCCGAGUGACGAGUCUAUGUAACGGUGAACUCACACAUGAAAACAUGUUUUUCUUGAUUCUUCUUGAGCUGUGUUGUUCAAGCACAUUCAGUGCUGUCCUGGUGUUUUGCAUCAUGACUUCAUCUUUGUAUCAGCGUAUGCCGCUGGACAAGCGGCCGGAUUUUCUGAAGAUCCUGGGAGUUGCAGGCUUGUAUACCAUUAUCUCCGGAAUGAUCAACGGUAUUGCGGUGGUUGAGCUGACCACACCCGUUGGCUAUACCUCUGGGGGGUGCGUCAACGCAGGUCGGUUCUAUGCGGCGGGAGAUGCGAAGCAAGGCUCCAAGGUUCUAGCGAUGUGCACGCUCUACUAUGCUGGAGGCUUGCUCGCUGGAAUGUUUCCAAAGACCUGUGAUGGUGACCUGGUAUUUGAAGGAAAGACUUCACCAGGAAUGCUGUUGUCCUCUAUCAUGAUCCUGAUUGGAAUCUGGUUGAAGAGGCAUCGAGAGCGACCUACCCUUGCCAUGCAAAUCUGGGCUUUGUCGCAAGGGCUCAUGAAUGCCACGUCCAGCAGCUUUAGCGCCGUGCCCAUGCGAGCUACUCAUACUGCCGGAGGUCAGACUGAUGCGGCCAUGAGCCUGGGAAAGGCGUUUGUGAACUUUCUCAAGGGCGAGCCUGUCCCUUGCCAACGAAAGGUCUAUUUGAACGCCGUGUGUUGUGCAGGAAUGGUUCUUGGUGGUCUUCUUGCAGGGAAGACACAAAAAAAGUAUGGAUGCCUAGCUGCUUGGUUCCCUGCGACAGCAUUGGCUUUUUCGGCUACAAUCCUUCCUCGGAUGAUUGUGCCCUCAGCAAUUGCGGAGAAUGGCCAUAGCAGAGAUGAGAAGAAGAAGUAA